GUCGAUUUCAACAAAGAAAUUAAUUUUAAUCAAACAAUAUUAUAUCAUAUAUUUUUUGUCCUCAAAUUGUUGGAAGCUUAUAAAUGUGAGUUAGUAGUGAAACAAGAGUGAGAAAUCGAUAAGAUGGAGGAAAAGGCAAAAGGGGAGGAGAAGAAGGUCGGUGUGAUUGAGACAUGGUUGAGGAAGCACCGUCUUCUCUUCAACGGAGCCACAAGGCACCCUCUUAUUCUUAGCAUUCGCGAUGGUUCCAUCAACAUAGCUUCCUUCAAAUCAUGGCUGGCACAAGAUUACUUGUUCGUUCGGGCUUUUGUCCCAUUUGUGGCCAGUGUGUUGAUAAAAGCUUGGAAGGAAUCAGAUGAGAGUGGUGACAUGGAAGUAAUAUUGGGGGGCGUGGCUUCCCUGGAGGAUGAGAUAUCAUGGUUUAAGAGAGAAGCUAGCAAGUGGGGUAUUUCACUCUCUGAAGUUGUUCCUCAGCAGGCAAACAAAAAAUACUGUGGGUUGCUGGAAAGUCUAAUGAGUCCGGACGUGGAAUAUAGUGUGGCUAUCACAGCAUUUUGGGCUAUUGAAGCAGUGUAUCAGGAGAGCUUUGCUCACUGCAUUGGAGAAGGUUCCAAAACUCCGGAAGAACUGAAGGGGACUUGUGAAAGGUGGGGCAAUGAGGCUUUUGCUAAGUAUUGCCUAUCCCUGCAGAACAUUGCCGAACGGCGCUUGCAAAAGGCUUCUGAUGAAGAACUCAAAAAGGCUGAAGCUAUGUUCCUAAAUGUUCUGGAGUACGAGGUUGAUUUCUGGAACAUGAGCCGGGGAAAUGUCUGAUUUUGUUCAAGAAUCCAUGGUAUAUUCAUAUGCUAAAAUAAUCAAAGCCUAGGAAAAUGCUACAUAUGUUCUUGGGUUGGACCAUUUCACAUCUCAAAGUACUGCAUGCAAUGUUUAUUUUCUAGAAAAAUAGUUGUUAGCAAAAUCUCAAGCAUAUGAAUGUAGCAUGAGUUUGGAAUCUUACAUUUUGUUCAAGUUUAUUGUCCCCCAUUUAUCUCAAGUUAAAAGAAGGAAAGAGGCUUUGUUUCUGAA